AUGUCGGGGGCGACCGCCUCUGCGGGUUUCCGCUCUAUCGGGGAGAAAUACGGCUUUUCCUGGCAGCAAACCAUGCUGAGGAUCAAGGAUCCUGCGAUUUCUGUGCCAUUCUAUGAAAAACACUUUGGCAUGAAGCUGAUUCAUAAAUACACGUUCGAUGAAGCAGGCUUUUCCCUCUUCUUCCUAGAGAGGCCUAGGGACGGAGCGACCCUCCCCACGCCUGGAACUCGAGAAUCCGAGAGAUACCUGUGGAACAUGAACGGUGUUUGUUUGGAGCUGACGCACAACCAUGGCAGUGAGAAAGACCCGAAUUUCCGAGUUAACAACGGAAAUGAAGAGCCACACAGAGGAUUUGGGCAUAUUGCCUUUAAUUGUCCCGAUGUCGUUCAAGUGUCGGAGGAACUGGAGAAAGAAGGUGUGGCGUUUCGAAAAAGACCGCAUGAGGGUCGCAUGAAAACGAUUGCGUUUGCCCUGGACCCGGAUGGCUAUUGGAUAGAGCUCUGCAACAGAAGUCCAUCUUGUCCAUUCCCAGAAAAAUUCAAUCUUUCUCAAACCAUGAUUCGCGUAAAAGACCCUGAAAAGGCACUCAAGUUUUACUGCGACAUUCUCGGGAUGAAGCUUUUGUUGAAAAGCAAGAAAGAGGAUUUCACCAACUAUUUCCUUGCUCAUUUGGAACCAGGUGCAACUCCCCCUGAUCCUGAGGGUCCCGACGCACCGUCCUUCGUGAAGAGCCUCUGGAUGCCAGUAUUGGAGCUAACGCACAAUCAUGGGACAGAGAACGAUGCGGCUUUUAGUUACCACAACGGAAACGACGCCCCUCAAGGAUUCGGACACAUUGGAAUGCUCUGUGAUAAUCUGGAAAAGGCAUGCGAAGAACUUGAAGCGGCCGGAGUGAAGUUCCGGAAGAGACCACAAGAUGGAAAAAUGAGGGGCAUCGCCUUCGUGCUAGACCCUGAUGGGUACAGCGUGGAACUUAUUAAUAGGGAAGUAUCCUUCUAG